GGCAGUGUGCGUUGAGCGUGUGUAGCAAUGACCGGCGCCGCUCGUCGGUCGAGGGCCUGCUUGUGUUAACUGUGAUUUUUUUUAUUUAUUUCCCGAUUUUGACCGUCCAUUUUUUUUAACCGACGGAAGAGGACUGAUGGCGCCUCACAUAGUAUUAGGGUGGUGUGUGGUGGCGGCGCUGGUGGUGUGCGGGCCGCUGGUGGGGGCACAAGAGGGCACGCUAGUGGUCUCCAGCCCCACCUUGGAGGAGUCCACGAUGCUGGAGACUCACCUCAUGGUCACGGGAACACAGUUGGUGGAUGGUGGGGAGGGGGACGUGGGUGUGGCGGGUCAGGACAGCUGGGGCGACCUGACCCCCGGCGGUGGGUCACGCGAAGGUCACUUCUCUGGCGGCGAGGCAAGGGUGGUGCUGCCUGUCACCCUCAGUCUGCGUGGCUACACCUCCCUCAGCUUUAGGACCUGCAGCCAUGGCAAUCUGCUGGAACAGACGGGCUCAGGCGGGGACAGUCUGGUGCUGCAGCUGAACGAGGAGGGGUCGCUGGUGCUGACCCUGACGCAGCACAGCCAACCACACGUCACCACCCUCGCCCGGCGCCUCAACAACAACGCCUGGCACAGAGUCUACCUCAAGUUUGUGCUGGGGGUGCUGAAGCUUGGUGUGGACCAGGCAACGGUGGUGGUGGCCAACACAACAGAUGCCAGCGCCUUCCUGUUCGACCUGGAGCUGUGGUCAGCCUCCCCUCAGCUCACUAUUGGCAGGAAUUUCACGGGUUGCCUUCUGCAGGGUGCUGGCACUGAGUUUGGCAGCUCCUUUGCCCUCCACACAGGCGUCGAGUGGGACUCCUGCCCACUCCCCGAUGACAGAGAUUGUAGUGGCUACCAAGAGGACCCCUGCUUCUCCCAGCCUUGUGGCCAGCGCGGGGAGUGUGUUGCCUCCCAGGACAGCUAUGUGUGCCACUGCUACACACGCUACAAUGGACUGCACUGCGAAAACGACACUGGACCACUGUGUGCCCGGCCAGAGUUCCAGUGUGAGAAUGGAGGGAUGUGUCAGCCAGACCGCCUAGACAACUCUACCAGCUGUGCUUGUCCCAUUGGCUACAUUGGCGCCACCUGUCAGACGCGCAUCACUGAAAACUUCUGUGAGGCAACCAACAAUCCCUGCCAGAACAACGCCACCUGCACCAUCACGGCCUUCUCUGACACGUACGAGUGUUUGUGCCAGCCGGGAUUCAGCGGAGAGCACUGUGAGGUGAACAAUGACGACUGUGCCGCAGAGCCGUGCCGUCACGAGGGACAGUGCCUGGACGGGAUCAACUCCUUCACCUGCAACUGUGACGGCACCGGGUAUGAGGGACACUUGUGCCAGGACAACAUUGAUGAGUGCCAGCUCUUGUCUCCGUGCUUCAAUGGGGCCACCUGCUAUGACCUGUAUGGCAACUAUGAGUGUGCCUGUGUGCCUGGGUAUGGCGGAAAGCACUGCGAUGUGGAGGUGCUGGAGUGUUCCUCAGACCCCUGUCAAAAUGGGGGGACCUGCACAGACCUCAAGAAUGCCUACCUUUGCACCUGUCUGCUCGGCUUUGAGGGGGACAACUGCGAACGCAACAUUAACGACUGCUACAACGUUACCUGUCCGGAAAAUUCGUUCUGUGAGGAUGGAGUCAAUGAGUAUGUGUGUCGCUGCAGCCCAGGAUUCUCAGGUUCAGCCCCUAAUUGUGUUCAGAUUGACGAGUGUGCCUCCUCCCCGUGCCUCAAUGGAGCGACCUGUUACGACGACAGCAACGCCUACACCUGUAUCUGUGCAGCGGGAUUCUUAGGGAGGAACUGUGAAGUGAACAUCGAUGACUGUGCCGAGGACCCAUGCCAGAAUGGGGGAACCUGCCAUGAUGAGGUGCAGGCCUUCACCUGUGAGUGCCCAGCUGGUUUUGAAGGCGUCAACUGCGAGGUGAACCGGGACGAGUGUGCCCUCAAUGUGUGUGUGCACGCCACCAGCUGUGAGGACUUGGUUGGGGACUACACUUGCCACUGUGAGGAUGGCUGGACUGGCAAGAACUGUGAAGUGGAGGUGGACGAGUGUGACUCCUCCCCGUGCCUCAAUGGAGCAUCAUGCAAGGACAGAGUGAAUGGCUUCGACUGCACCUGUCUCCUGGGAUUUACAGGGGAGACGUGUGAGACAAACAUUGAUGAGUGCGCCUCAUCGCCGUGCCUCAACGGGGGUGUGUGUCAGGACGGUGUGAAUGAGUACACGUGUGAAUGUAGCAAGGCAUUCGUGGGCACCAACUGUGAGGAGCAGUAUGAUGCCUGUGCCUCCAUGCCCUGCCACAACUCAGGCUCCUGCAUCCCCACACAUAGCGACCCAAACUUCUACUGCGAGUGUAUCCCAGGGUUUGAGGGGUUGCUCUGCAGUAACAACAUCAACGAUUGCUUUGAUGUGACCUGCUCGGAUGGCAAGGUUUGCUACGACCUGGUGAACAGCUACGAGUGCCGGUGUCCCGAGGGAUUCACCGGCGAGAACUGCUCCGUCAACAUUGAUGAGUGUGAGAGCAGCCCAUGCCUCAAUGGGGGGGAGUGUUACGACGGCAGGGCUAACUACACCUGCGUCUGCCCAUCAGGUUACACAGGCCACAACUGUGAGGAGGACGUGGACGAGUGUGUGCUGGAGCAGCCCUGCAUCAAUGGGAUCUGUGAAAACACCAAUGGCUCCUACCAGUGCUUCUGCCGCCCUGGCUUCUCCGGCAGCCACUGUAAUCUUGAGGUUGACGAGUGCCUCUCCCACCCCUGCAGCAACAACGGUACUUGCCUCAACCACAUCAAUGGUUAUGAGUGCAUCUGUCAGCCUGGCUUCACCGGGACCGACUGUGAUGUUGACAUUGACGAGUGUGAGAGUGGGCCGUGCCAGAACAAUGCCACCUGCCAUGACCACAUUGCCAACUUCACCUGUGAGUGUCUGCCUGGGUUCACUGACCAGCUUUGCUCCACCAAUAUUGACGAGUGUGAGUCGGACCCUUGUAUGAAUGAGGGAGUGUGCACGGAUGGCAUCAACGAAUUCACGUGUAACUGUAGCGACACCGGCUUCAAGGGUCCUCAGUGUGAGAUAAACAUAGAUGACUGUGAGUCGUCCCCUUGCCAGCACGGAUCCACCUGCUCAGACCUCAUUAAGGAUUAUGAGUGUCUCUGUCAUCCGGGCUAUGAAGGCAAGAACUGUGAGGAGGACAUCCCCGAGUGUGACCUGUCCCCUUGCCUUAAUGGGGCCACCUGUCUGGAACGCAGCAACCUCACCCUCUAUGAGCUUGGCAUCUUUACCAACUUCACGUACGAGGAGGCGGGUGGCUUUGUGUGCGAGUGUGUGGCCGGAUUUACAGGGGAGAUGUGUGAGGUGAACAUUGACGAGUGCCAGAGUGACCCGUGCCAGAAGGGGGAGUGUGUGGACGGCAUCAAUGCGUACCUGUGUGAGUGCUGGCCGGGUUACGAGGGCGUUAACUGUGAGACAGAGAUCAAUGAGUGUGAGCUGUAUUCCCCCUGCGUCAGGGGCUCCUGCAUUGACCGGGUUGCUGAUUACGAGUGUGUGUGUGAGGAGGACUAUGGCGGCAAGAACUGUUCGGUGGAGCUGAUUGGCUGUCGCAAUGUUGAGUGCCUCAACGGUGGGGUGUGCAAGCCACUCAUCUCCCAUGAGACAGAGCACAGCUUUGAGUGUCAGUGUCCGUACGGCUUCACAGGGAUGUACUGCGAGGACCCCACCACUCUCUCCCUCAAUGGCAACUCCUUUGUGAUUGUCAACUCUGAGCAGAUGGAAGCCGGCUACAACCUCGCCUUCCGCUUCCGCACCACUCUGCCCAGUGGGAUCCUGGCUGUGGGUCAGGGCAAGACCUACUUCAAGCUGGAGCUGCUCAACGGGGAACUCAAUGUCCACUCAUCGCUGCUCAACAAGUGGGACGGAAUCUUUGUUGGGUCAGACCUCAACGACGGGGAGUGGCAGAUGGUGCGCAUGACAGUGAACGACAGCCACGUGUUCUUGGCUGCCAACAACGAGACCACACUUCAUCCCAUCAACCCCGUCCAGACCAUCAACAGCUCCGACACUUCCUUCUCCUCCACUAUCCUGGGAGGAACAACACCCACCCUCAGGAUCCUGUCAACUGAGGCUCCAUUCUUCACCGGUUGCAUGGAGAAUGUGGUGGUGGAUGGCGUGGAGCUGGUGCCCAGCAGGGUGUUGUCACAGCGGAAGAUAAUGGUGGAGGAGGGGUGCCCAAGGGAGGAGCAGUGCGUGCCCAAUCCUUGCCACAAUGAUGGGCAGUGUGUGGACCUCUGGAGCAGCUACAAGUGCAACUGUGAGCGGCCGUACCUGGGAGAGACCUGCCAGAUGAGAGGAGCCACGUGGGAGGCAUCACUUUGCUUCACUCCCGUCACCUUUGGGAAUGAAGACACCAAGGACAGCCUGGUGACGGUCAUGAUCCCCGAGGUGGACUACAACACCUACCGCACCCACGCUGAUGUCUCCAUGCUGGUGCGCACCCGCCAACCCAAUGGACUCAUCUUCUACCUUGGCACUCACAGCGGUCCAAGCUUCACUGGUGUGCGGGAGACGUACAUCCUGGCCGAGCUGGUGGAGGGCAUGCUGAUGGUGCGAGUGCUGCUGAGUGGGCCUGAGGAAGAGGUGUUCUCCAUCAUGGAUGUGUCGCUGGUGGAUGGGGAAUCACACCUCCUUCACGUGAAGCGAAUCAACCAGGAGCUGGAGGUCAGUGUGGAUCAGUCACUGGUGCUGAACACAACUCUGCAGAACAAUGGUGACCUGACUGCUCAUGUUUUGUUCCUUGGGGGUGUUCCUGAGGAUGCACCAACCAGGGUCAAGCGUCAGCUGGGAGUGUCAAACUUCACCACUUCUGUCACCCGACCACACUUCAAGGGAACACUUCAGGACAUCAGGCUGAGCAACGGGUCUGAGACAAGACUGGUGCAGCCAUUCCCCCUGGAGAAUGUGACGGCUGUGGUGAUGCCAGGUGAUGAGCUGGGCAAUGUGGAGACCCACAACGUCUUGGAGGGGACCGUCAGCGAUGACACCUGCUCCUCAGCACCUUGUAUCAAUGGAGGCACCUGCUCUAUCACCUGGAAUGACUUUGAGUGUGCAUGUCCCAUUGGCUACAAGGGCAAGACCUGUGAGGACCGGGAGUACUGUGCCAUAUACCAGUGUCCAGAAGGCUCUCAGUGUGCCAACCUGGAGGAUGGGUAUGAGUGUCUGGCUAACCUGACCUUAAGUGGCACCAAUUCCUCUGCCUCCUACACUCCAAGGUUCACAAGGCCUCCCUUCCAACUUACUGACAUCCUGCUUGUCUAUAGGAGUCAGGUGGGCGGUGUGGUGCUGUAUGCCCAGGGAAGUGACGCCAGUGUGCAGGUAUCCCUUGCUCCUGGCGCCGUGGUGGUGCAGCAGAUGAAUGGCACCACCACCAGUGCUACCUUUGUCUCCAAUACCACGCUGGACGGAGACUGGCACUCCCUUCUGGUGUCCUUGGAUCCUUCUGGCCUGCAGGUGGUGCUAGACAACACAAGUCUGCUGGGCUCAGACAUAUCAGUCAUUGUGGAUUUCAAGUCCCUGGUGCUGGAUGGAGGAGAAGUGAUGAUCGGAGGCUCCCCUGUCAACUCUGUGGCACACAACCUGCUUGAUCCAUCCUUCCUGAGUUCCCCUGCCACUGUCAGUACCUCCUUGCCUGGCAAUAGUGCUGGGACCCACAUGUUCAGGGGGUGCUUGGGACCAUCCAGGCUCCAGGGGGUCCUACUCCCCUUCUUCUCCCCCCAGGACCUCAGCAACAACAGUGCUGAAAACCAGUUCUUCCGGAUGGAGGAGCAACACACUGCCAUUGGCUGCACUGUCUGCUACAACGAUGAGUGCCUGAAUGGGGGCCACUGCUCUGAUCCGGCCCAGGUGUACAGCUGCUCCUGUCUUGAUGGCUUUGAGGGAGACUUGUGCCAGAUCAACAUUGAUGAGUGUGUGGCCCACCAGUGCCUCAAUGGUGCCACCUGUGUGGAUGGCAUCAACCAGUACACCUGCAGCUGCCAGCCAGGAUACACAGGCCAGUGGUGUGAGGAGGACAUUGACGAGUGUGCCUCAAGCCCCUGCCAGAAUGGAGGCAUCUGUACUAAUGAGAUUGCCCGAUACGUGUGCCAGUGUCCACCAGACUACAUUGGGCAGGACUGCAGUGAGCUCCGAAUCAAGAACUGCUCCAGCUCCAUGUGUCUCAACGGGGCGACUUGCAAUGACGUCAUGAACCCAGCAACAGGUGUGGCCGACAAUUACACCUGCACUUGUGCUUUUGGCUACUCUGGGAUGAACUGUGAGGAGGUGGUUGACUUUUGCACUCAAGACAGGAUUGCCUGUGUACACGGCACCUGCAGCCUCACCUUCCAGGACCAGGGAUGGGAGUGCACAUGCAAUGCAGGCUGGGAAGGACCACUAUGCCAGGAAGACAUCGAUGAGUGCCUCUCUCAGCCUUGCAAGAAUGGUGGCACCUGCAACAAUGAGCUGGACAAGUUCAGCUGCUCCUGCCUUAAUGGAUGGGUGGGCAACACCUGUGAGCAGGACAUCGACGAAUGUAAUGAAAAGAACCCAUGUCAAAAUGAGGGCGAGUGUAUCAACCUGCUGGGGUCAUACGAAUGUGACUGUCCGGAGAUGUUCUGUGGCCAGCACUGCCGCCUUGACAACCCCUGCACCAAUCUGAGCUGUGUCCACGGGCAGUGUGAGGGAGUGUGUGACGAGGAGGUGGACAUGGUGCCCUACACUCGCUGUGAAUGUGAUGUCAACUGGACUGGGGAUCAAUGUUCUGUGGAGUAUGUACAGUUCCCAACGGACCUGGAGCUGGCCAUCAUUGUGGGCUGUGUGGUGGGCCUCAUGCUCAUCAUUGCAGUGGUGGGGCUCACUGUGUUCCUCAUGAUGGCAAAGAAGAAGAGGCAAACCAGGGGCACGUAUUCACCCAGCAGACAAGAGUUUUACAGUCCUCGAGUGGAGAUGGGCAACAUGAUGAAGCCUCCGCCUGAAGAGCGCCUCAUCUGAGCUGUAGAGACGUAGUGAAAAAAUUUAGUCCACUGCUAUAGGGACUUGCUCACUAGCUUGUAAGUCCACGUGUGGCGUUGUGAGCCACGGCGUGAGUGGGAGAACUUGCCCAUGUGUCACCCAAGUCUUGAGUCAUUGAGUGGAGGUGAUCACUGAAACAGAGACUUAAAGUGACAUGAGAAGUGACACAAGUGAGGCAAAGGAAAAAUAAAGACUCACUUUAUACAUCUGAAAAUUUGUUUCCAAGAACUGUACUUGGCUCAGAGCUUUGCUGCAGAUGGGGAGUGUGAUUUGCUGGCAUUCCUGCACCAAAUGGUUCUUUUAAGCAUGUAGUAGUUAUUUUCACCUCAGGCAAAGGCUAAUGUGGGGAAUCAAACUAAGGUGACAUGCAAACACUGCCUUCUGUGCUGCCCUCCACUGGUGAAAGAGGGAACCAAGAGGAGAAAUAAGGCCAGAGUCUUCCAUUGUGGUAUUUUAGUGUCCUUCAUCUUGACAAAGCAUUUCCCAAACCGUCCUGAGCUGGGCUGGUUGAAGGAGGUAGAGAAGGAACCAGAUAAGCCCAACACCUCACAUGAUGUUAGUGAGAUAAAAAGCUGUUGUUGCUGCUUGACCAGUCUCCAAAACCAGAAUGCCAAGUUUUUAUUUUUGCAUGAUUCCCAAAGUGUGAAAGCACUGAUCUCUAUCUAUGCUGUGUUGUGCUUUGAACCCUUUUGUUGCCCUGUACUAACAUUGCUUGGUGGUGACUCACUACACGCUUCUGCAGGUGAUACUCCUUAAAAUAUUCUUGGCUGUAUUUAAUUCUGGUGCCAAGUUCAGUGCGUUUGUGUGUGUUUUUAUAUUCUUAUGCCUAAAUUGAUGGCAUUACUUAAACUCCUUAAGUAUUAUAGCAUAAAGUUAAUGGUGCACAAUGACGUGUGGUCGUAAUGAUGGAUAACUAACACCAAUUUUUAAUGAGCAAUGUGUCAGGUUUGUGAUCUUAGAAGAAAAGUUUUGUCAACACAGUCAGCAUAGAGGAGGAAUGGAUAGGAGAGAUAGAUAGCUAGAUAUAUUAAGUAGAUACAGGAGAAACAUGGAGAUUUAAAGGAAGAGGAUAAUGGAUCUCAAGUUCCACCUCUAACAUAACCAUGAAAUUAGCUAUGCAAAGAAGUAAUCCAGACCUGAGGUGGAGUGUGAGGCAGAGAUGUGUGGAGAGGAGUGGAACACUUGGAGGUGGCAAGUGUAUCAGGGAAGCAAGAGGGUUUUUAAAUAUAUAAACAGAAUAUAUCUUUGUUCAGUUAUGUUCUCUGUGUAAUAUUCUGAACUUAGUGGAUGAAAGGUGUGUGAGAGUGUGUAGCAAUAUUGUAAAUAUCAUAAGUUAGCCAAAUGUGAAUAGGACAUUAUUUGUAUGAAUGAGUGCAUAAUUGUUAAUAAUAGUUUCUUUCUUGUUUGUGAAAAUGUGUUCACAGUUAUUUAAUCUUUUAUAUGUAUAUUUAUGAACAUUGUGACUUGUUGUUGUCACACAAAGCAGAUCAGAAACACAUGAUUAGCUGGCAGCUGUGUGUUGCCGCGAAUCUGUCACAAGCAACGUGAUGCGCCAACACUGUAUGUAUUGCAGCAACAGGUGGGAUGAAGGGCAAGUGAAAAAAAUUUGAUGUAACCAUUAGUUAAAGAAUACAGUAAGAAAUCUGUGGACAGAAAGAAAAAUUAGGACUACGUAGUGCAUUUUCUGUCAAGAAGAGAAAGUAUGGGGAUGUUCACAGCUCACAAGACCAGCUCAGAAGUGUUGCUGGAAAUGCCAUCUGUGAAACUUGUGUGACCAGCAAUUGUGCUGAAGACCAUCACAGCAGGUCUUGCAUAUGAGAAGAAAACUACGACCAUGUUGACAAGAAUUAGAUCAUGUUGAAAGAUAUGCAUCAAGAAGAUAAAUGUACAUAUUAGCUUGUCAGAUUGGGACCAAGGAACCCUGGCCUUGAGUUAGUUGUGGCAUGAGGAGGCAGUGUGGUGACACCCGCCAGGCUCAGGACCCUCAAGGUAGACAUUCCAGGAAUCUGUCUGUCUAUGUCAGUCCAUCCAUGUAUGUACUUAAUAGCUUGUUGAUGUUGAUGUACAUGAAUGAAUCUCAACUAUGGAAUGAGGUGAAGAUGCAUUCAUACACGUAUACAUAUACAUAGUACACACACAUUCCUGUAUUCUGUGAUGGGAAGAAACACAUACAUUUAACCCGCCCAAAAACAGUAUAGAGUAUAUAUUUUACAUUAUGAUUACAAGUGAAUCUUGAUUUCUGAAUUGUUUUACAUUUCUUGAGACAGACAGAAGCAGUGUGGCAGUAAGCUGUUGCACACCAAGCCAUUCCAGCCUUGCCUUACUAUACAUACUUAAAUUAUCAAAUGUCAUGAAAUUUUUGUAUGUCUUAUGUGACAUUUACAUUACUACACGCACACACACACACACACACACACACACACACACACACACACACACACAGCAACACAAUGCCAUUUCUGCCUUUUCCCUCAAGUAACAAAGACCUUUUUAAUACCAAGUAACUCCCUCUGUGAUAUAUAAUUCCUUCCUCCCAAGUACUACUUAUUACACACUUCAGUGCCUUUUUGUACUUAACAGUCACCUGGAUUUGAAAUUACGUAAAAGGACGUGUAAGAUUUUUGUAUCCGGAGUUGUGGGUCGACGAUUUUAAGGUACGACAUUGUAUGUGUAUAUUUUUGACCAUGGAAAAGUGAAGCCUAUUCGUAGCUUGGAAUAAAGAAUGAAAAUUGGU